GCUGACAACACCGCUUUCAGCCUUAUCAGGUUUAUUGUUCUCCACCUGAGGUAAAGUUCAAGAGCCAAUGGCACAUCCCUUGACAGACUGGAACUCGGGCCUCUUUGACUGUUGUGAGGACACAAGUUCUUGUUGCUAUGGUUUCUGGUGCUGCCCUUGCCUUGCCUGCACGGUUUCAGGUAAAUUUGGAGAGAACCGUUGUCUCCCGUUAUGUGACAUAUGCAGCCCCGCCAUCACAGCAGCCUUUGGACUACCUCUAUGUGUUCCUCCUGCAGCGUUGGCUUUACGCGUUGGCAUUCGACACAGAUACGGUAUCAAGGGUUCUCUCUGUAAGGACAUAGCGAGCUCCUGUUUCUGUGAGUGGUGCUCCUAUUGUCAGAUGCAUCGAGAGUUAAAACAUCGCAAGAAAAACCAGCCCAUCAUUGUCAACAUGCAGCCUCCUCCAAUGAUGAUGGCUCCUGGACAAACAAAUGUUGGUUUUGUGAGCCAACCAGGAGUUGUUAUGGUUCACCCAUACUGAACCUUGUGGGUUCUAAUGGGUGGGCUCUGUCUUUCACAAGAAUAUUAGAUUUUGGUCAGAUGAAUUAUCUGUAAUGUUGUGUACAUUCAUUGUAAAAGCUGAUUAUUUUAGGUGUGGGAAACAGGGAGGACACAGUCUUUCUUUGGACAGUGAUAUAACAUUUUUUAAACAAUUGUGUUCCCUUGGCAUCUGAGCUUGCUGGGUAAAUGCCAGUCCCAUAAUGCUCCAAUAUUGAUAAUCAUGGCAUUCUUUGGUGAAAGUUGGUAGAUUUGAUAAGGUUAUCACUAUUUUUUAAGACCAAGGCCUUAACUUACUUAAUAAAAGGGAACUACUGUUGUAAAAGUCUCAAAAUGGGCUUCUUCCAUCAGUGACACAUAACAAAAGGUCCCAAGAUAUUAAUGUAGAGGCUCAUAUUGUUACUGUAGCAUGGCAGCAGAACUGUUCAAAUGUCAGAAUCUGGGUCACACAGACAAAACCUCUCUGUUGAUGUCUUCGGUUAAGUUCUUAUCAUCAAAAGUUGAAUCCAAGGAAACAUCCUGCAGAUACCUCUGUCCUAAGGAUUCAUCAACAUUUCCUAUAAGUUUGGAUUUUUGUCCAAAACCUUAUUGAUCUGAUUAUUGACAACUAUUAGUAACAAAUUGACAAUGAUUAAAAUUAACAUAUGUGUGCAAAAGAAACAAUACUUUGAAUAAACCUUGACAAAAUGUACACAUGCAGGUGAACUUUGAUGCUACCUAACACCCUUACUUUUCGAAGAACGAGAAGCGAGACCCCAAAAUCGUAACCGUCGUAGGUAGAGGUAUAAAUAGAGGUAUAAAUAGAGGUAUAAAUAGGAGGAGGCAACGAAGAAUCAAGGCUUUUUCUGGUCUUCUGAGGCUUGAGGUCUUGGUCCUUCUUUGGGCUUUUUGGCUUUUUUGACUUGGUUCUUUAGGUCUUUGGACUUAGGGCAUUUUUAGCUUUUGAACCUUUGACAUUUUGUCUUUUCUCUUCUUUUUAUAUUUUACAAUUUUGUAACCCUGUAUUUUCCUAUUUUUGUAAAAACCAAAUAAAACUGGAUUGUGUUUUGUACACUCCAACC